UCCAGCAUGGCAUCUUGCGAACCGUUGAAUGCUGGAAUGUCUGUCACUUUAGUGCAUUUUGUCUCAGCAGAGUGACAGAUGUCAACCAUCAUAAAUGCGCUAAAUGAGUUGUUAAAAAUGGACUUGUGAUGUCGUUUUAUUUAUUUGACUUGUAUUAUGCACGGUUGCAUUAGAAAGGUUGUCUCAGAGUUCAAUAAUCAAAUAGACGCCAUAGAAAAUUUAUCUCUCUUCCAUAGAAAGACUGCAGUGAAAUAAUAAAAUAUGAGUGUAGAAGAUUGUCCAUAUUGUGGAAAGCCCUUCAAAAGGCUGAAAGCUCACCUUCCUCAUUGCAAAAUGGCACCAGUUUCACAACCCAAAAAGAGCAUUCAAAUGCCCAAAGAACUUAGUGUGACCACUCCCAAACAGAAGAUCCAUAAAAACACAGCAAUAACAGAGAGGACUAAGGUCAUCAUUGAUGAGAAACAGACUUCUGAUGGCAAGAGGAAAGAAGAUAGAUUGGGUAUAAAUAUGAAGUUAAUUGAAAAUGCAAACAAUCCUCUUGCAACUGCAGAGGUUAAAGUAACAUCAGCUGAAACUCUGAACAAAGAGAGGCUUAAAAGCAAAUGGCUUACUAAAAGACAGAAGGAAAUUGAAAGAUCACAACAGCUAGUGCCAGUCUUACAGAAGUCAAAAAACCCUACCUCAGUAUCUGAGCAUGAAGGAGAUAAAAGUUUUCAUGAGAUCUCCAAAGAACCAUCUCAAGGAGCAUCUCAAUCUAAUGGAAAAACUACUAAAGGCAAAAAGAAGCUAAAGCUGACAACGUUAUCAGGGCAGUUGUCCAUCACCAAAAGUAGGAAAAAAGCCUCUAAACUUGUGCCAGCCAAUCUCAAAAAUGUAAGCCUCCCAGAUGAAUGGAGUUUGCAACAUGAAAAACCAAAACUCAGAACAAAAGUUAACUACUUGGGGGAGCUAGAAAAUCUUUCAAACAGCCUGAACAAGGAUUCUGCUAUGGUAUCAAGAGUAAAAGAGCAAAAAGCUCUUCCUUUCUUUAUGUCCAAGACUUCUGUGUGGGAGCACAUCAAGGACAGCUUGUAUUUUAGAAGAGCUAAUAAUGUUUCAUUGCCUUAUCCCAUUAUAGAAGCACCAAAAGUUUCUGCUUUUGAAACCAAAGAUAUUUCUUCCACUGUGCAACAGUUAAACAAGCUUGAAACAGCGGCUACCAGUGUUGCCUCUACAUCUUUACUCUCUUCCUUUGAAACCUCCAUUCAACGACCUGUAAAAGAUGUGCUAAGUUCAAGAUUGCAAGGUGUAAGGAGUCUAGCAUGGAGUCCAGAGAUAGUGACCGCUUACAACAGAAUAUUGUUCUCUGCAGUACCUUCAGGAAGCUACUCUAAUGAAAAUAUGUGGACGAAGCAUUGGGUCUCCGUGCCAUCACCCCAUAGUGAAGUGCCUCUAGUGGAGCAGAAACUUGGGGAUGUCAGAUUGAAUGAACUUGGUGCCUGGUUUGGUGUUCAAAUUCCAAAGUCACCCAGAGAGAUUGUGACCAUAUUGAACCAAGGUUGGCAGUGGUACUACAGGAAGUAUAUUAAUGUUCGUAGAGGAGGAAUCGGUGGGAUAUCCAUGCUGUUCGCUGGCUACUGUGUCCUGUCUUACAUAUGGAGUUACCCACAUCUAAGUAAGAUUUUGUUUAAAAAAAAAAAGAAAAUUGUACAAUAGAAAUUUGUCUUUAUUUUUUGUCUUCAAAUGUCCACAAAAUCUUUUUUGUGCUACAGAGAAAGAACGCUGGAGGAAGUACCAUUAAGGACUCUUAGUGUUUGUUGGUAACUUGCCAACAUGAAGUUUUUUUGUGUGAAGUGUGAAGAAAAUACGUUUUUGAAUAUCUACAAUGUCAAACUGACUGAAGUAUGAAUUAACAAUUUUGAUGAGAAGACAAAUCUAUCUGGUAGCCCAGAAAACUCAGUAUUUAUGUUAAGAACUCCUUAAUAUUCAUUUAUAUGAAACGAGUUCAUGUUUUUAAGCUUUUUUUUUUUUUUUUUACUAACAUUUUUGUAAUUGUGUAAUCAAGUGGACUUACCUGAGUUCUAAUAAAUAAUAAUUAUACAAACUGUUCAUGUCACAUGGUUAUUUUGUGCAUUUACAUGUCCAUCUUUUAAUUCCCUGUCAUCUUACUUUAAAUUUAACAUACACUGGCAGCCAAAAGUUUGGAAUAAUGUACAGAUUUUGCACUUAUGGAAAGAAAUUGGUACUUUUAUUCAACAAAGUGGCAUUCAGCUGAUCACAAUGUAUAUUAAGGGCAUUAAUUACAUGAAAAUUUACUAUUACAAUUUGAAAAAAAAAAAAACAUUCAGAACUUAUUAAACUACUUCAAAGUGUUCUCAUCAAAAAAUCCUCCACAUGCAGCAAUGACAGCUUUGCAGAUCCUUGGCAUUCUAGCUGUCAGUUUGUCCAGAUACUCCGGUGACAUUUCACCCCACACUUCCUGUAGCACUUGCCAUAGAUGUGGCUGUCUUGUCGGGCACUUCUCACGCACCUUACAGUCACUAGCUGAUCCCACAAAAGCUCAGUGGGGUUAAGAACCAUAACACUCUUUUUCCAAUUAUCUGUUGUCCAACGUCUGUGUUUCUUUACCCACUCUAACCUUUUCUUUUUGAUUUCUGUUUCAAAAGUGGCUUUUUCUUUGCAAUUCUCUUUAUUGUUGUACAUGAAACUGGUGUUGAGCGGGUAGAAUUCAAUGAAGCUAUCAGCUGAGGACAUGUGAGGCGUCUAUUUCUCAAACUUGAGGCUCUGAUGUACUUAUCCUCUUGUUUAGUUGUACACCUGGCCUUCCACAUCUCUUUCUGUCCUUGUUAGAGCCAGUUGUCUUUUGUCUUUGAAGACUGUAGUGUACAACUUUGUAUUAAAUCUUCAGUUUUUUGGCAAUUUAAAGCAUUGUGUAGCCUUCAUUCCUCAAAACAGUGAUUGAUGAGUUUCUAGAGAAAGCCAUGCCAGUCUAUUGCAUACUGUGGCAACUCAAAAACAAACACAAAGACAAUGUUAAGCUUCAUUUAACGAACCAAAUAGCUUUCAGCAGUGUUUGAUAUAAUGGCAAGUGAUUUUCUAAUACCAAAUUAGCAAUUUAGCAUGAUUACUCAAGGAUAAGGUGUUGGAGUGAUGGCUGCUGGAAAUGGGGCCUGUCUAGAUUUGAUCAAAAAUUACUUUUUUCAAAUAGUGAUGGUGCUGUUUUUUUUACAUCAGUAAUGUCCUGACUAUACUUUGUGAUCAGUUGAAUGCCACUUUGGUGAAUUAAAGUACAAAUUUCCUUCCGAAAUAGCAAAAUCUGUACAUUAUUCCAAACUUUUGGCAGUCAGUGUAUUUAUCCAUAUUUAAUUAAAAUAAAAAUUGGUAUUACAAAAUAUUGGCUGUAUCCAAAAUUAAUUUAAUAUUGAUUUACCUUUGCUGUUGUAAUGAACACUCACAAAAACAACAAAUCAAGAACUGACCACAUAUAGUAUUAUGUGAACACAUACCUAACAUAAUAAAAAUAACUUUUUUUGUUUUACAUUCUUUUCCUUUACAAAAAGUAUAAAUAUUUUGUGUUUCAUGUUUUAAUUUUUGUAAUACAAACAUUACAAAUCAAGUUUUGGGUGAUGCAGAAAAUAAAACAUUAAAAGCAACUUUUACCACGGGUGUAACAUUAAUUGAAGGCCACACUCGCACAUCAAAAAGCAGUAAAAACAAAUGAUAGACUAUUUAAAUGUGUUUUCACUCGCUCUGUCCUAAGGCAAAGAAGCCCUUCGAAAUGAAGGUCUUUAGAGUGCUCCCUAAUACCGACCACUAGAGCUCAGAUCAUAGAGAAUAUUUUACUUAGUUUUUGUCUUUUGUCAUUUUUGGCUGAAUUGCUGGGAAAGACAGUGGUGGUUAUUGUUAAAGAUGCAAAAAGUAUGGGAUGACAUUUACAGAUGGAAUUGGAAACAAGCAACCUUCGGCUCUGGAAUGGAUGCUAAUGCAAAUGCAUACUUGUGAAAAAUGUCCACAAACUGCAGUUUCUCUAUCUUGGUCACUCCCAUUGCUGACAAGCCCUGUAAUGUGGAAAAUAUGUAGACUACAAAAUAAGACUGAAUGCUAACAGUCUCCUUUAGAAAUUAUUUAUCAAAUGGGAUUGUUGAAAUACAAUUGUGUGUAAUAUAUUUGCACAGAGAAGAAAAGCCUUGACAUCCUCCAACCAAACUCCAUGUAGCCAUGUAAUAACUACAUUUAGAGCCAUCUCAUAAUACAAUUGCAAAAUCUGAUAUUCUGUGAUUGCACCUAUUAUGUGUUCACCGAUUUGAUCUUACAUAAAAAUGUGCGCAUAUGAGUGGAGACGUGGUCGGCAGAAGGGUUGUAAGUGCUGUGAGAAUGGCUAUUUUUGAAAGUACAUGGUCAUGUCCACAUGUGCAAAAAAAAAAAAAAGCUGCCACUAGGGUCAGAAGCCAGCAAAAGACUACAGCCUGACCAGCAGGGGACACAAUGCACAAGGGAAAAUGAAAAGUUUCAAAGAACAUCUAAAUAUGGGGGAAUCUCGUAAAACCUGUCAAGGACACUUCCCGGUCAUAUUUCAGCCAAAAUCAAAAUUCAUUAUUGUUUAAUUAUAAGCCUAUUUUAAGGAUUUUAUUAGGCUGUUUGUUUUUUAUUUUUUACCUUUUUCGCAGCAUGACAUUUUUAUUACAAUCAAGCACACCCCCACCAAUUCUCAUUCUGUAAUGCUUAAAAAAAGAUACAUUUUUUAAAUUGUAAAGUAUUUAUACAUGGUGGUAGUAUUUGUUGUGCUACCAUUUAAUCCAAGGUAAUUUACAUUUUUACUGUGAUACAGUAACAAUAAUCUGAUGAGAAUCAGUAUAGAGAACAAUGGGAAUGCCAGAAAAAAAAUUCAAAAGUAAUAUAAUAUAAAAUAUCAUUUUUGAAUUUGAUUUGAAAUGUAACCUGAAAAAGUUUUCAUGAGAUUCACCCACACGAGUUAUCUGACACUAACUUAAGGUGCACAAAAGUACAUAUUUUCUCCAGCAGCGCAGAUUAAAUGUGUAAAAUAUAUAUAUAUAUAUAUAUAUAUAUAUAUAUAUAUAUAUAUAUAUAUAUAUAU